ACGAAUUAAGGGUUCUUGAUUGGUUCGGAUUUCCUUUAUCUUCCUUACCACCUAAUUUUGAUCCUCAAAAUCUCAUUGCACUGAACAUGCCAGAAAGUCGAGUUACAUUGGACAAGCUUUUCAAGAGGGUACAAUGCAAAAACUUGACAUAUAUGAAUUUCAAUUUCAAUCAAUACAUUAGGGAAUUACCCGACUUAUUGAGUGUCACCCCAAAUGUAAAGAAAUUGGAUCUCCAAAGUUGUAAAAAAUUAGUCAAGAUUCAUGACUCUGUUGGAUAUCUUGAUAAGCUUGAAAGCUGGGACCUCUGGGGUUGCAAUGAACUUCAAAUUCUUCCAAGUUGUAUUGUGAUGAAAUCUCUUAAAUAUUUAUAUCUUAAUUAUUGCAAAAGGGUUAAAAGGUUCCCCGAUAUUCCACAAGAAAUGGAAAAUUUAAAGUUUUUAAGUCUGGGACACACUGCUAUUAGAGAGCUUCCUCCAUCAAUUGAGAAUCUCACUGGGCUUGAGCGAUUAGAAAUAGGUUCCAGUUUCUAUUCGUGUCAACUUCCUAGUAGCAUUUAUAAAUUGCAACAUCUUCGCAAGCUCUUGCUUUUUGGUAAUGUCAAAUUUCCAAAGGACGUGGGGAUUGGUAGACAAGCAGCAGCGUGCAAUUCUUACUGUGGCUUUUCAAAAUAUUGUUUUCCAAAGUUGAAUUUUCUAAAAAAGUUGACUUCUUACUUCACCCACUCAGAAAAAUGUUUAUUAUCAGGGAGUAAAGAUUUGAACCUCAGAGAAAGCAUUAUCAGAUUCAAUAGAUUAAAUUGGCUUCUAAUUCAGGAUUCCAAGUUCCUUAAGAAAAUUCCAAAGCUUCCAGAAAGUAUAAGACAAGUAGAUGCAACAAAUUGCAUCUCGUUGAAUUCAGAAUCAUUAAGAAAAUUAAUCCUUCAGUUUGGAAGAAUUUCAGGGCUUUCACCAAAUAUGAAAUGUUCAGGUGUGAAACACAGAGUAUUAAUGGAUUCGCAUUCACAUCGCAAUUUAUCGAAUCAGAUUGAUUGCUCUUCCCGGGUCUCCUACUCCAAGUUCAUCGCAAUUCAAGAUGAGUCCUUUCCCACUCUAGGUACGUAUCUGUUUGAUUUUGGAGAGAGAUAUUAUAUUAAAGUACCAGGAAAGAAGAUUCCGAAUUGGAUCAAUCAUCAAAGCAUUGAAAGUUCCAUAUCGUUCUGGGUUGGUCCUGAGUUUCCAUCAAUUGCUGUUUGUGUUGCUCUUCAUCUAAUUCCGUUGAAGGAUAGUUACGCUAAUAAUGAUAAACACGGUUCUAUUCGUGAUGAUCGUAUCAGUUGUCUUUUUCAUAUCCACAUUUCUACCGAUAGUCGUAAGCGACGUCUCAUGGUUACGCAGCGUUUUUAUGGAUUGAAGUGUGAUCAUCUGUGGUUUCGCGGAGAACCUCACGGCCGAUUACAGAGGGAAUUCGGAGACUUGAUGCAAGGUGAUCGGAAUCAUGUUGAGAUUUCAUGUAAAAUCACUCAUUGGGUAAGUAGAUACGGAAAAUACGCUCCUGUGAUUGCAAGGAUGGGAGUACAUGUGGAAUGCGUAUGUCCUCCUCAGAAUUCCGUUAUCAUCCAACACAAUUCUCAAAAUGUUGCUGACGACACAGAGCUGCUCGCACCUUUACUAUCACAAAAUGGUUCACAUACGGACUCAGACGCAGGAGACACUUCAAGCUCCUCUAGUCCCUGA